CCCUCGUGCGUCAAUAUGGACAAAUGAGAAAGCGCCAUCUCUCUACCCGGAAAAAGGAUUUCCCUGACAUGAUCUGUUGUGAUUUUUGACACUUUCUCUGGUCGUUGCUAUGUUCUCUCGGACGUUUUUACCUCUGGCCAAUGGAUGCUGAUAAAAUGCGUUUAUGUAUGUCCUAGUCGUUGAAUGUUGAAAGAAUUUUCUGGUCCACCCAGACCGCCCAUGGCCGACCAGCAUGAGUCCAUCGACCUCAGGUCUCCUCCGCUGGACCCAUCAGCAGCUACAGGAAACAGCUGGUUCCCCGGACCCCCCCCACCCAUGUAUUCCUGCACCCUGACCCCCGAGCUGGUGCACAAGGCACGAGAGGAGCUCCAGGAGAAGCCAGAGUGGCGUCUCCGGGAUGUCCAAGCACUAAGAGACAUGAUACUGAAGGAACAGCCCAACCUCAGGACCCGGCUGGACGACGCCUUCCUGCUGCGCUUCCUGCGGGCCAGGAAGUUUGACUAUGACCGUGCCCUGCAGCUGCUGCUCAACUACCACGCCGGCCGUAAGGCCUGGCCGGAGGUGUUCCAGGACCUGAAGCCAUCCACGGUCAAACACGUCCUGGACCUGGGCUUUCUCACGGUCCUGCCACAGCCCGACCCCAACGGGAGAUACAUCCUCUGUCUCCGGCCAGGGAAAUGGAAACCAAAUGAUUAUCCAUUUGUUGACAAUGUGAGGGCCCUUUAUCUGACUCUGGAGAAGCUGAUCCAGCCGGAGGAGACGCAGGUGAACGGUAUUGUGAUCUUAGCCGACUACACCGGAGUGGGCAUGUCCCAAGCGUCCAAUCCAGGCCCCUUCCUCGCCAAAAAAGUUGUAAGCAUCCUCCAGGACGGCUUUCCAAUCAGAAUCAAGGCCGUUAACAUAAUAAACGAGCCCAUGAUCUUCAAAGGCAUCUUCGCUAUAAUAAAGCCCUUUCUGAAGGAGAAGAUGGCAGAGAGGUACGUCCUCCACGGCUCGGACCUGCGCUCCCUGCACCGGAACGUCCCCCGCUCGGUCCUGCCCGAGGAGUACGGCGGCAUCGCGGCCCAGCUGGACUUGUCCGCGUGGUCGAAAGUGCUUCUGAACUGCGAGGAGGAAUUCAUAGUGGAGUUCUGCCAGCCGGAUCCACUAGAGGGCGUGGUGCUUCCAGACGCCAUGCUGUUUGAGGGAGAGCAGGACGACGACACCUUCAGGGGCCUGCGCUCGCAACUAUACUACUGUUACUGAUGCACCCACGCCCACCACUGAGACAACGGUUUCUGUUUCAUCUCAAACAUGCGCGUAGACUUUUACAGGGCAAGUUGCAGAUAUUAUACAUGAUUUAUUUUACUAACUAAGCAGCACUACUAUAGGUAGAUAUACACUUCUGUAGUUCACACAUAGCCCAGCACUCAGUCCUGGUUCCAAGGCAGCUGCAGGCUCUGGCAAAGAGGCUUCUGACAUGCGCCGGUGCAUGUUUGGCCAUUAUUGGUGGCCCUUCUGCAAAGUUAUGUCUGGUACUUAAAGGAUAAGUUCACAUUUGUUUCAUUAGUCAGGCGCCCGUAUGUACACUGAAGCAUGUAGUUAUUCCUCUUGUCCAUACUGAACGUUAAAGGAUCCCUUCCUAAUGUGCUACCAACGUAAGAGAUGGGGGACAAAAUCCAGUCUUUGUUGUGGCAGACCUCUCUCCAUAGCACUGCUGAGGAAGGUCCGGCAACAGGAGCAUACAUUCUGGGAUAGGACAAAAAAAACGCUCUGGGGUUGUUUGUUUCUAUAAACCAAUCGCUUCUGUCUCACUGAGCUCCGGAGCCGCCGUGCCUCUUGCAAAAUAUUGUCGGGAAGGAAGAAGUUGUUUAGGUGCACCCAGCAAAAUAAAACCCCACAUACAAUAUUACAGAAGUUCAGUUUACACAAUAGAAUACAGUAAGGUGAGCUAUUUAAAUUAGCUGAUACAUGGUUAAACCUCAUUAGCUCUUACCAGUAGUGUUGAUUUUGUCACCUAUUUUUAAUUUAGUGUUAGACUUGUGCCAAAUGUCCUUGUUAGUUUUAGUCAUUCACAUAUGUUUUUUGCUAGUCAAGUUUUAGUCGACUAAGUGUCUCAUCAUUUUUGUCUAGCUUUGUCCUCAGCAAUCCCACCAAUCGGUAUAAAGAAACGUCCCAGUUGGAGAGGAACGGCGUAAACUUAUUCUUUGUAAAUCUUUACAGUCAUUUGCCAAAAGAACCAAGCAGGCCAGCCACUGUCCACAUUUUCUUCACAACUUUCCAGAGGUUCCCAGUUAUGCUAACCUUGAAAUACAUUUUUUGCACAGAACCCGGAAUCUGGCUUUGUACCCCAUCACGUUAAAGGUAUCUUAAAACAAAGUAUAGACUAAUGCAAAAGUAAUCCCUCUCAGUCAUCACUUCAUAUUUUUCUACCAUGAAAGAAUUCUAAAAACAGAACUCAAACUGAAAGGUUUUUUUUUUAGUUUCUACACACAGUCUGUCAGUCACAUGCUGGCCAUUAGGGCUCUGUCUGCAUGGUCACAUCACCCCAUAACUCAAAAAAA